ACUUGUUAUUCCUUUUCUAUCGACGAAUGCAAUAGUUUUCAAUUUCAAACUAUCAAGAUAAUUGAUGAUAAUAAUUGCGUGUUUGAGAAUUCUAUUCUUAAUCCGGGAUCUUUUUCGUGUAUGAAGGUCGAUGGUCUUUGGACAAUCACCGUAAAAGAAUCUUGCAAUCUCCAAUGCGUUUAUUCAUGGAAAUUCUCUACUGAAACUAAUGUUAUUAGUAGUAGCAUUUAUACUUGCAUUAGUGACCUUACAAAUCCGAAACCUGCUACUGUGAAACUUUUGGCUGGGGCGCCAAUCGUGCAUACCAUUUCGUUAUCAACUGAUUUUCAUCCGGAUUUGCCGCAUAUGUACAUUGUUCAAUACUUUAAUGAUAAAUGCUUGAUAUAUUCGCCAAUGCAUGGCAUUAGAGAUUCCUCUUGCUCUUGUACACCAGAAUCGAAUACUUGUAAUUUUACGCUAGUUGACUAUACAGCUACAUAUAAUUUUAUUUAUAAUACACUGGAUAAUUCUAACACAACUACUCUCGCACAAAUUUCCAAAUUCAACAUUAAUUCACCAAGAGAUGUGAAAUUAUUUGACGAUCCUGUUGGUAUUUCCACUAAAGCCGCUACUAAUUUGAGUUCAAAUGAUCCACAUGUAAAGGAAGUUAAAUUAUAUUAUGGAUUACCCAAAAUAUAUAACUUUCGUGUUAAAUUAUCUUGUGGAAAUUUGUUAGUUUCAGUACAUAUCAUCGAUGAUGCAUGCUUUGCCACCACAUUUAGAGAUAAUAGAUUUAGACCCGAUUUGAAGGAUGAUGAUAUUGUUCCUAGGUUCUAUAGGGAAAAAUGCUCUAAGGAUGGUCAAGUCACUGUGAAUGAAUGUACUUUUCCCUGCUCUGUCACAUUUAAUUUCGACCCAACCAACCCUGGCGGUUCUUAUUCUUCCCAUCUAAUGUGUGAUGGCAAUGAUAAAGGUACUACUGAUAACGCAGUAAUAUAUCUACAAACUACUCCUAAUGAUCCAAUUCCCGUAUAUACGGCUUCAGAAAUAGUUUUAAGUUGCUGGUUUGGUAUCAACGUGAUAAAUAAUCGAUUGAUGAUACCUCGAAAUAAUAUUUCUGAGUGUGUCGAUUCUUAUACUAUAAAUAGAACUAUAAAUUCUACUCCUUUUUACAGUCAAUUAACAAUCGGAAAAGCAAUUAAUUAUCCAUGUGAGGAUAUUGUUAAUGAAGCGAUAAUUUUAUGUGAAGCUUAUACAAAUUAUGUAGAUAAUGCAUACAAUUUUUAUCAAGGCUUGCAUAAUGCAAUGGAUGAUGUUGGGGCGAACCUUGAUGGAAUGAUAAAUGAUCUUACAGCUAAUGUGGAAAAUAAAGAUAGAGCUCCUUUGACUUUAUCAAGUAUUUUACUUAUAGUGUCUGCAGUUCUUAUGCUACCGCUAGGAAGUUGGGUAGCCAUAGGAACAAAAGAACUUUUUGUUGGAGUUUUUCCACUGAUGUCAUCUGGUGUAAGAAUUUAUGCUACCAUACUUCAAUCGGAAAGAAGUUCACUUUUGUCACCGCUUAAUUAUGCAGGGUUUGAAAAGAUUUUUUUAGAUUCAAUAGAUAAUGUUACAGAUUCUCUCGAUAGCGGAAUAAAGCAAACAGAUGAUAUUGGUUCUGGUACCUCCUUAUUAUUAAAUCAAACAUUAGAAGGAUUUUUAAAUUAUUCAAAGGGCGAUCAAAAUGAUUUUCGUAAGGUUUAUACAACUGAAUUUCAAAAACGCCUUGCUAGGUUGAUAUUACUGGCAAAUGAUGUGGCGAUCUGUAAAAAUGAUAACAAUAAGUUUAAUGCAAACGGAAAUUGUGGGGCAGGAGUGAAUGAUAAGGGUUGUCAUGGUUUUUCAAGAGCUUGUGGGACUGUUAUUACAAAUUAUGGUUCAGGUAUCUCAAAGAAUGUUACUAAAAAAGAUUUUAAAUGUUUAAUAACCAAUGGUAAUUUUUAUUGCCCUCAAAUCCAAAAAAUUGAAUCUUAUGGUGUCAAAGUAACUGAACUCUGUGAUACUGGUGACUCAUUGAGUUUACCUGUUGUAGAUUGCUAUAGUUCAUUGUUUUGGUGCGAUAGUCAGUUGAUAACAUAUAAUUUUUGUUGGGGUCAUUCAGAUUAA